AUGCAGCUCGGCUACUUGAUUCUUAUUGUUGCCGCCCUCGUUACGAGCUGUAAGGUCGCCACGGCCUUCAGCGACGUGUCUCCCGCCAGGGCACCUUUGUCGAACCACGAACUCAACUUCGUGAAAGUGGACGGCAAUGACGGUCGAUCUUUGAGAAGCGGCAAGACUGACGAUUAUGAAGAUGGCGAAGCAAGAGUGAACGGCUGA